AUGGUGGCCGAGAUGAGCAGACUUACAGAUGGCAGCAGUUUCCUCAAAGAUGGUGAGCGCAAAGUGGGGGGCGGCGGUGGUAGAUGGGCAAGACAUCAUAUGGGCAGCGGCACUGCUGCCAGGGACCUCAGCCCAAAUGCAGAAUUAAUAGCCCUGAUCAAGGCACUAGAGCUAUCAGAAGGACAAAAAGUAAACAUCUACACGGAUAGCCAUUAUGCGUUUGCAACGGCCCACAUCCACAGGGAGAUCUAUAAGAGGCGGCGAUUACUGUUAUCUAUCAAUCUGAACCAGCCCGGGCACCCGGAAAUCUCGCAUCCGUUCCAGAAUUGUGACUCCUGGGGACAUCAUUUCACACCCUCUACGGGCCCAGAAGUUAUGGAAGAGGGAGCAGAAAACGCUGCAGAGGUGGAAGAAAAGGUGCAGUCCUAUGGAGCAAAAUCAGUUAUGAUUACCUGCAGACUGACAGGCCCCUCAGCAUUCUGUCCAGAGGUGGUCAGGACUGAGCAGAAAGUUUAUAAAAUGGACCCGAAAUCUCUGCGAAGUCCCAAGUAUUUUGAGUUUUCUUUCGGGUCAGCCCAUGCUGAGAAUGAACUCCGGGUAUUUAAGGACUUCCGAGACAAUCACAUAUUUACAGAUGUUAUCAUCUGCGUGGAAGGAGAGAAGUUUCCGUGCCAUCGCGCUGUUCUCUCAGCCUGCAGCAACUAUUUCAGGGCCAUGUUCUGUAAUGGCCACAAGGAGAGCCGCGAAAUGUUGGUUGAGAUCAAAGGCAUCUUAGCUGAAGCGAUGGACUGUUUUUUACAAUUCGUAUAUACUGGAAAGGUAAAGCUCACAGCAGAGAAUGUUCAGUAUCUCGUCGAAAUAUCCAGCCUCUUUCAGGUCAACGGUCUCUGUGACGACUGUGUCCAUUUUCUAGAGGAACAGCUUGAUCCAUGCAAUUGCAUAGGAAUCCAGCGCUUCGCCGACACCCACUCACUCAAAACCCUCUUCGCAAAAUGUCAGACCUUUGCAUUACAAACUUUUGAGGAUGUGUACCAGCAUGAAGAAUUUCUUGAGAUGGACAAAGAUGGACUUAUUGGUUAUAUCUGUAACGAUGAACUUAUUGUUAGGAAGGAGGAGCUAGUUUUUGAAGCGGUCAUGCGCUGGAUCUAUGAAGAUGUUGAUCAUCGAAGGCCGCUCUUGCCUGAGCUGUUGAACCACGUCCGACUCCCUCUUUUGCAUCCCAACUACUUUGUUGAGACUGUUGAGGAAGACCAGCUGAUCCAGAAUUCCCGUGACUGUUACCAGCUGCUACGGGAAGCAAGAAGGUACCAUGUACUUGGUAAUGAAAUCGUAUCUCUGAGAACUAGGCCCCGCAGGUCUACUGGCUAUGCAGAAGUGAUCAUCGUGGUCCGAGGCUGUGAACAAGCAGGAGGAUUUAAUCUCCCAUACACUGAAUGCUAUAACCCAGUAACAGGAACGUGGAAGUCCCUGGCUAAGAUUCCAGAAUUCACCAAAUCAGCCUAUGCUGUCUGUGCACUGAAAAAUGACAUUCUUGUCUCAGGUGGAAGAAUCAACAGCCGCGAUGUCUGGAUGUACAACUCACAGCUAAAUAUCUGGUUCAGGGUCGCUCCUCUAAACAAAGGCAGGUGGCACCACAAAAUGGCUGUCCUUCUCGGGAAAGUGUAUGUUGUCGGAGGCUACGAUGGACAAAAGAGACUUAGCAGUGUAGAAUGCUACAAUUUAUUUUCAAACCAGUGGACAGAAGUUGCACCGCUUAAGGAAGCAGUGAGUUCUGCAGUAACAAGCUGCAUGAAAAAAUUAUUUGUGAUGGGAGGAGGACCUGAUGAGAACUCUUAUUCGGAUAAGGUCCAAUCUUACGAUCCAGAAACCAAUGCUUGGCUCCUUCGCGCAUCUCUCCCAAUGGCCAAGAGAUACAUAACAGCUGUCUCUCUGAACAACCUGAUCUAUGUUGCUGGUGGAAUGACCAAGGCGGUGUACUGUUAUGACCCAGUUGAAGACCACUGGAUACGUGUACAGGACACAGUCAGUCCACGGGAAAAUUGUGGCAUGGCUGUGUGUAAUGGUAAGAUCUAUAUCCUGGGUGGAAGACUGGAAAACGGAGAAGCCAUAAAUACUAUUCUCUGUUAUGAUCCUGAAACAAGUAUCAUCUCAGGGGUCACUAUGAUGCCCAAGACAGUGUCCUAUCAUGGCUGUGUAACCAUUCAUAUAUACGAGAGACAAGAGAAACACUCUAAGCUCUAA